AACUGUUCCAUGCAUGCAUAUAUCCAUACCAUCACAUUCAAAAUACAUGAACAUGACAUUUCAUGCAAUGGAGAAAAUAUCAAUCCCUACAUCAAUUCUUCUUCUUCUUCCCCCUCUCCUACUGUGCCCGACCAGUGUCGUCUCAGACGACAACGUCCCGAUCCCUCCGACUAAGGAUCAAGUGAACACUUGGUUCACCGCCAACGUCCAGCCCCUCACAUCUAGAAAGGACCUCGAUCCCGACCUUGCCAAGGCCGAGGCCAACGUCUCUCAUAUUAAGGUCAGUAGCGACGGAAAAGGGGAUUUCAAGACCAUUUCUGAUGCCAUUAAUAGCGUUCCCGCCGGAAACACACAACGAUUCGUCAUUUCGUUGGCUGGCGGGACGUACAAGGAGAGAGUGAAGAUCGAAAGGAACAAGCCAUUCAUCACCUUGUACGGUGAUCCAAGUAAUCGGGCCACCAUAGUCUUCGAUAGCACCGCGGCUAAAGAUGGCACCGUGUACAGUGCCACUUUGUACGUUUUAUCGGAUUACUUCAGCGCAGUUAAUAUUGACUUUGUGAAUUCGGCUCCGAGGCCAGAUGGGAAAAAACCAAAUCAACAAGCAGUGGCCGUAACCCAGAGUGGUGACAAGGCCUCCUAUUACAACUGUAAAAUGAAAGGAUUUCAGGACACAUUUUGUGACGAUGCUGGAAAACACUUCUUCAAAGAUUGCUAUAUUGAAGGAACGAUUGAUUUCAUAUUUGGCAAUGGCAAGUCUCUAUAUGUGAACACAGAGUUGCAUGUUAUAGAAGGGGACAAUAUGGCUGUGAUAACAGCACAAGCUAGGCACACCAAUGCUGAGGACACUGCGUACUCUUUCGCACAUUGCACAAUUACAGGGAAAGGGACCGGAGGGUUGCUUGGGAGAGGAUGGAUGCCUUUCUCAAGGGUUAUCAUUUCAUAUACUGAAAUCGGCAAUUGCAUCAAACCAGAGGGGUGGAUGGGUAUGCGUGGAAAUCCUACUGAUGGAGGGACAACUUUCUUUGGAGAAUAUAAGAACAGUGGACCAGGAUCUAAUAUGAACAUGCGGCCAAAGUUUGUAAGGAGGUUGACUGAUCCAGAAGUAAGACCAUACAUCACACUUGGUUUUGUAGAAGCAUCUAAGUGGCUCCUUCCCCCAACUAAAGUCUGAAGUGUUGUACGUAACUACGUAUAUGCAUGCAUGCUUGACCAUCCAUUUGCUACGUACAUGCUUUAUUAUUUACAAAGAGGAAGAAAUGGUUUACCUGGGUUAUUGAGUCGGGGUUCAUUUUAUUUAUUUAUUUCUUAACUUCCGGCCUCAAGUAAUGGCUCAUAAUUUUGUAGGAAAUGGUUUGCUUGAAUGCAUAUAUGCAUGCACCUCUACAAUUUUCAGUUCCAUAUUCAAUUUUGAGAUGCAUAUAUAAGCGUGCAUUUAAAAACUACACGGACGGUGCAUAGGCAAGAACAUAUAUCGGGUUAGGAAGCUGCGAGUUUGGUUCAAAUGAGAACGAUGUUUAACGUAAGAACACGUACUCACAUUGAAAAAACGUGCUGCACAAUGAAGCUCUUUUGUUGAACAUUUUAAUUUUGGUCAAAGUGUCAAACCAAUAUUAGAUAAAC